GGCCAUCCUAGAUCCCCGUGUUUUGAACAACUGCAGACAUUCAAUGGGUGGAAACCUUUCCUGUCGAACAUGUGCCUGACAGGUAAGUGUUAAAGGCACAGGCACCCUGCCAGCAAACAAAGCUAAAACGGUGACCGUUCCUGAAGCACUGUACGCUUUCUUUUGAAGUGUACUUGGAACGAGCCGGAUCUUUGUUCUCUUGCAACAUUUCGCCACUCUCUGAAGAAAAGGGCUUGGAGCACUUGAAGCUCUUAAUCUUGGUCAGACUUUGGACUGGUCGGUUGGGUUUAUUUAUAAACCAGGGAUUAAUGAUACCAACUGAAGGCGUUUCGCUGGCUGGAGGUAUUCUUCCCACCUUCUUCCAGCUGCAGCGACUCUCCUGAGAGGGUUGAGACAGAACUGAGUAAAAAUGGUUGACAAAGAAAACAAGGUGGUCUCUAUUGCGCUGAACAACAAAGAAGGCCUGGAGAACCACGGCUUUGUUCGAAGUGAGGCGCUGGAGGAAAACGCGUCCGAAGCGCUGCCCAACGCAUGUGCUCUUGACAUGAAACUAGGGACGGCGCAAGAAUCCGCCAGCGUACGGCCUUAUGCAGGAAUGCCCAAAGAGGUCCUCCUUCAGUUUUCAGCUCAGGCACGCUACAGAAUUACCAGAGAGAUUCUCUUUUGGUUGAUCAUUGCAUCCUCGCUGGUGCUCGUGGCAGCUACGAUUGCUAUCAUCGCCAUGUCCCCUAAAUGCCUCGGCUGGUGGCAAGCCAGCCCCAUGUACCAGAUCUACCCACGGUCCUUUAAGGACACCAACAGGGAUGGUAACGGUGACCUCAAAGGUAUCCAGGAAAAACUGGAUCAUGUCCAGUAUCUGAACAUAAAAAACAUCUGGAUCACCUCUAUAUACAAAUCUGCCUUGAAAGACUUUGGCUAUGGAAUAGAGGAUUUUCAAGAUGUAGAUCCCAUGUUUGGAACGAUGAAAGAUUUUGAAAACCUGGUUGCAGUGAUCCAUGAUAAGGGUUUAAAAGUGAUAAUGGAUCUAAUACCCAACCACACCAGUGACAAGCACAAGUGGUUUCAGCUUAGUCGCAACCGGACUGGAAAAUACACUGAUUAUUACAUCUGGCAUGACUGUCAGCAUGUCAAUGGGAGUACCACACCACCAAAUAACUGGGUGAGCAUACCAGGGAAUUCCAGUUGGCAGUAUGAUGAUAUGAGAAACCAAUGUUAUUUUCAUCAGUUUGGAAAGGAACAGCCAGAUUUAAACUUUCGUAACCCAACUGUUCAAGAAGAGAUUCAUGGUAUCAUCAGAUUUUGGCUUGGCAAAGGCAUUGAUGGAUUUACCAUUAGUACUGUUAAAUUCCUUCUGGAAGCAACACACCUAAGAGAUGAGCCUCAAGUUAAUAAAUCCCAAAAUCCGGAUAGCAUCACAGCUUAUUCUGAACUGUAUCAUGACUAUACCACCACCCAGGUUGGCAUGCAUGAUAUAGUCCGCAGUUUUCGGCACACCAUGGAUAAGUUCAGCAGUGAGCCUGGGAGAUACAGAUUUAUGGCCACCGAAGCCAAUGACGACAACAUCGAGGGAACCAUGAUGUAUUAUGGGAUGUCUUUUAUUCAAGAAGCAGAUUUUCCUUUUAACUUCUACCUCAUGAACAUGAACCAAAUCUCAGGGAAUUCUAUUUUUGAAAUGGUAGCUUUGUGGAUGAAGAAUAUGCCACAAGGGAAAUGGCCGAACUGGGCGGUUGGAGGUCCAAACACUGCUCGAAUCUCCUCUCGGAUUGGGAAGGAAUACAUAAAUGUGAUAAACAUGCUCCUUUUAACCCUUCCGGGAACACCUACAAUAUAUUAUGGUGAAGAAAUAGGGAUGGAAGAUAUUACAUCAGGAAUGGAAUCCUUUCCAGAAAAGUCACCCAUGCAAUGGGAUGACAGUCAACAUGCUGGCUUUAGUGAAGGAAACUCAACUUGGAUAUCUGUAAAUCCUGACUAUCUAAAUGUAAAUGUGCAAGUUCAACAGAGACAACCAAAUUCUACGCUCAACUUGUAUCGAAAGCUCAAUUCCCUUCGUACCAACGAGCUUCCCAUUCAUAGGGGAUGGAUGUGUUACGUUUGGAAUGACAGCAAUGUCUUUGUGUAUGUGAGAGAACUGGAUGGGUUGGAUCAAGUGUUUAUGAUGGUCCUGAAUUUUGGAGCGGGAACCACAACAGAUCUGCAGGCUUUGCUUCCUGCCCUUCCCUCAGAAGCUACUAUAAAGCUAAGCACCAACUUUAGCAACAGCGGUAAAGUUAUCAGUACCAAAACAAUCACAACUGGGAAGGGUGAAGGUCUCAUUUUGGAAUAUAGGACAGACAAGCCAGUCCACAAAAUGGAAACUUUCAAAGAGAAGUGUUUUGUUGCAGAAAAGGCAUGCUAUUCCAGCGCAUUCAAUUUACUCUACAUGUAUUGCUAAGUGCCAACGUCUGUUUACUCUAAAUCUAGAAGCUGGUGAUCACAUGUAAUGUCUUCAUAAAAAGAGUGCCAGCUUGUCAGUAGGCUUAGGUAGGCUUGUUCUCAUUUAGAAGUACAUAAAAUGGCAGAAUUGUUAUCUAGGAAUUCAGAACAUUAACCGUGCUCAUUUAGCUGUAGUAGUAACCAUUUCAUAACCACAGUCACACUAGGGCAUCUCUGUCUCCACUCACUGUAAGUCCUUGCAACAUCUCUUAUCAGAAAUGAUUUCCUGCACUGAGCAGGGGGCUGGACUAGAUGGCCCCCAGGAUCCCUUCCAGCAGUAAAACUCGAUGAAAUUGUAUGAUUCCACCA